ACGGUCGAUUUCAAUCAAAUAACUGACUUUCUAAUCUAAGAAAUUAGUAUCCACUAGAUCUAACCGCCAUUUAAAACAUAAAAAAAAAUGUUAUGAACUAAGAUGUUGGUGAUAUUACUAAUUUUAUUCACAAAUGUUCUCGCUGACAGUGACGAAGAUAAGUACGUGGACCUUUUACCAGAUGAUGAAAAGAGGGAGUUUCUAGAAAGAGUAGCGAGGAGGAUACUUAAAGAUGUGCAAAGUCAAGAGGAUAAACAAAACGCUAAAAGUGGAGAACAGCAAGAUGAAGAUUUGGAGAAACACAAUGAAUACAUCAAAAAUAUUCUUAAAGAAGAAACCGAUAAAAUCAGAAGAAGUAAAGCUGAAGAUUUACAAGAUAAAUCCAAUGAGAAAGAGCUAGGUGUAAAACCUUUGGGAUCUGAAAAAAUGGCAACUCUUGAAGAGCCUGAUCAAGAUGCAGUGGAUCUGACGUUACGCAACGAUAGAAGAGAUAUCGGUUUAGAAGACGAACAGUCUAUUCAUGUAGAAAUUAUAAAUGAUGAAGCUCCUAUAAUAAAGAGAUCUAUACCAAAUGAUCCUAUUAAUAAGAACGAUGAGAAUACGGCUGAAAUUUUGGAAAGAGUACAACCGGGAAACAAUUUAAAUAGUCCUAAAGUACCAGAAAGACGAAGUAAUUCUGCUGAUUCUGACGGAGAAGCUAUGUCAGUCAAAGGUUUGGACGAUCCUUUUGCACGUAGGUCUAACGAUGAACCAAACCCACCAGAAACCACAACGAGUACUGUUGAAACCACUUCUUUAUUCCACGUGGAAUCAAUAGGUAAUAAUUCUGAAUCACUCAAUGUCACAAGUGAUAAUGUAGAGGCUACAACUGUUGUUAGUAACGUGACAGAAAAUGAAAAAACAGAAAGUAUAACAACAACAGCAGAAAGUACCACAACAACAGAAACUACAACUACAACAGCAGAAACUACAAGUACAACAGCAGAAACUUCAACUACAACAGCAGAAAGUACCACAACAGCAGAAAGUACCACAACAACAGCAGAAAAUGCCACAACAACAGCAGAAAUUACAACUACAACAGCAGAAAGUACCACAACAGCAGAAAGUACCAUAACAGCACAAAGUACCACAACAACAGCAGAAAGUACCACAACAACAACACAAAGUACCACAACAACACAAAGUACCACAAUGACAGCAAAAAGUACCACAAAAGCACCAGUAACGAGCACUACAACAGUAACAACAAGUGAAGCAUCAACAACCAGCGCUGAAAUUGAAUCUACAGAAGAUGAAAUAGUUACAACAGCAGAAUUAAAUACAGAAAGUACAUUAACAUCAACUAUGACAGACGAGGAAACUACAGCGGCAAUCAAAAACACUGUUAAACCUAAAAAAGCUAAAAAAACUAAAUCAAAAACUACGACAACUACAGAAUCUACAGAAACUUCAGAAUCUACGGAAACUACAGAAACUUCAGAAUCAACAGAAACUACAAAAACUACAGAAAGUACUACAGUUACUGAUAGUGCUGAAGCCACAACACAUAGUAUAUUCAUACCCCUAAACGAUGGUAUUGUUGUAGAAGAAUUUACAUCAGCACCUAGAAGAAAACCAAUACUAAUAAAGAAUCUUUAUAAAAAGAAGACAAUACAUAUUAAAGAUCUUUCCAAAGAUACUAAAAAGAAAACUGCUAAACCAUUCAGGUUUGCAAAAGCCAAAACUGCUAAACCGAAAUUCAUAUAUCAUAAAGCGGCAAAAUAUAUAGUUGGACCCAAAGGACAGAAGAUAAAAGAAGAAUUAGAAAAAGAGGCAUCUAAUAAAAAUUUCAUUGAACUACAGAAAGCGUAUUACGACAAUAACUACAAAGUUAAAAAAGGGAAGGAGUAUCAAGUUUAUGAAAUACCGGCUGGCAAAUCACCCUUCGUCCAUGAAGAAGACACAGCCUCAGAACAACCUUACUAUGUACCAGUAUACACUUAUUCUGCUUCUAACGCUUACUUCAAUCCUCAAAACCGUCGAGGACCAAACGAGAAUGAUGCAAGUCCAGAAAUCGCAAGCCCAUUCGGUCUACUAGACAGUGAUACCAUACCACAACAGAAUUUUGUAUCAAAUCCAGUAGAUAUGCAAUACACAGACACAGCAUUUGAUGAUCUAAGAAAGAAAUUUGGUAGUCAACAGAAAAUUUCUACUAGCAUACACAAACAACCACAGUUAAAUAGAGUACAAACAAUAAAAAAGCGUAUUAAAGUAAAUGAAGAUGAUUAUUUAGAUUCAGAUUAUUAUUACGGAAGAGUCAGAAUAGACGAACAGAAAACAAAUAAAGGAGAAAUCCCAAAUUCCAAUGAAAAGGUUCAUCCAGUUCACAGCCUUUCAGAAGGGAAUUUAAAAGACCACGUUAGAGCGGUCAGGAAUAUACUGUUUCAUCAAAAAUCUUUUGGACUUCUAGGCAAAGAGACGAAAGAAUCAGAUUCAACUCAACUAGGGAAAAAACAUGUUUUACGUAUUGACUACGAGGACGAAUAUCCAACACACGAAAAAACAAAAAGCAAAAACCAAGUUCCAGAACAGAACAUAGCCAUAGACUAUUAUUUUGGCAGAGAAAACAAGCAAAACGAACAGAACGUAGGUAAUUUAAAAGAUGUGAACGUUCCUAAAGAAUUAUUUAUAAUGGACGAAGAUUUUAAAACAAACGUAUUGAAAUAUAUAGAUGAAAAAGCGCAGAAGGAAAACGCAGAAUUACAAUUACAGCCUGCCACCCCACUCCCGCCGGCUGCCAAAAUGAUUGACAUUACAGAAUCAAAAAUUUCCGAAAUAUUUGCUUCUUCAGAACUAGACAAGAUAAGGACUGCUAAUAUGAUGAUAAACUCAGGAACAGAAGCUAACAAGCAAGGUUUGAGACAGGUAGCAGUGUCUCCAAUUCCUUUAGUUCAAAUAAAUAAUAACGAAAAGAUAAAAGAUGAGGCCAAAGUAGAAAAUACUGAUUUGAAUCAGCAAAAAAAUGAUAACGUGGAGAUGAAAUUGAUUAACAGAAGGAAUGACGAUGUGAGAGUCAGCGUGUAUUUGAAGGUGUUAAAAGAUAUGAUAUCGAUGGAUAAUAAUGCGUUGACGCAAUAUGAUUGGUUGGGAACGACUGUGGACGUGCAAUCGGGGUUGCAGAAAAUGUUUGAAUUGACUUCUCUCGUAACAAACAACGAAAAAGUCCACCCAGCGGACUUAGAAAUCCUAAAAUACAUGCUCUUCCUACACAAACUAUCUACCGAAGUGCUCCAAGCGAACGAUUUCGAUGCUCAACUGCGUAAGAAACUUCUGCCAAAGAAUAAGAAUAAAAAGAAGAAGAAACGACUGUUAAAGCAGAAAGGCCUGAUGAAUAGAGUCUGGUUGUAUUUAAGAAAAGAGGUGCCUGAUGUCAAUGAAGAUGGAGCUCUGAAGAGUUUGAAUAAGUUUCUGAUGAAUAUCGAAGAUGCUGUGUUUGAUUUACACGACGCAAUAAGAAACAUAGCUAAAAUAACGAAAUACAAAAAACAGCAUUGGUUUAAGAAUUUAAAAGAAUUGUACAUAAGUACAGAUGACAAGGAAAUUCUAGAGAUAUUACUCCAUAUGACUGUUCUAAGAUUUUUCACUUUGAUCGAAGAGAGUACUAAGAAUGGCUUGGAACGCGACUAUAUUGAGUAUAUGAAGAAAAAUAAGAAAGAUUCGAAGAAAACUUUGGAAGAAAUGAUGUUUAUUAUGCAAAUAUUGGCCGAUUAUAAUAAAUUUGUUAAAUAG